AUGUCGUCGUCAUCUUCCCCAAGUGCAAAGGCAACGCAGCCCAUUCCGAAAAAAUCCAUGCUCAUAAAGACUGACAAACCCAGAACACAUGUAUGUCAAACAUGUACUAGAGCUUUCGCAAGGUUAGAACACCUCAAACGUCAUGAAAGGUCGCAUACCAAUGAAAAACCGUUCCAAUGCGGAGUCUGUGGACGGUGUUUUGCCAGGCGGGAUUUGGUACUUCGGCACCAGCAGAAGCUACAUCUUGAAGUAUUCAACAGCAACAAGAGAAAGUAUACUCGCAGACAGAGUUCAGGAGGUGUCUCUAGUAACUCAGACUCGAAUGGUAAUGAAACUGAUGCAUUAAAUGACAACAUCAACAUAGUUCACAAUAACACAGAGGCAUCAUUGCCCCUGCCUGAUAGAGAUAACCUUUCAUCAAUGAAGCAACCGCUGCCACAAACGGUUGGUACUACGGAUUCAGACUCCUCACCAUUUUCGCCUCAGAACUUAGAAUCUUUGCCGAUCUCUCAAUCGUUCAACUUUCCUUUAAGCAAGAAUUACACGAUGCAAACUGCUAAGAGCACUACUACGGAUAACGCUUCCAACAAUACCCCUACAUUAACAAAUCAACCCAUGCAGGACUACUCCAAUAUAUCUGGUGUUCCCAUGGAAUAUUUUGACCAAAACUUGAAUCUUUUACAGAAAUCGGAAGACUGGCUUAACGAAUUUAUUAAUACUCCCUUUGACACCAAAUUCCCACAAGCUUCCAGCAACGUCGGUUUCCAUGAGACUCCUGAACAAAUAUCAAUACCGCAAAUGAGCACUACUGCAUCACUGAAUACCGAAUCACCUAUAAACUCUAAUGACCUUUCAAUGUUGUUUAAAUCAAGACAAUUGGAUUUAUUCUCUAAGAUGGAUUUCAACAGUUUUGGAACUGCUCCAGACGAAUCUGGUGCUCGUCUAACUGAAGAUUUACGUUUCCAUAUCAUGUCUACCUACAACUUAUCCAAUGGCCAAUUUCCUCAGCUAUCCGAACUCAACAGCUACCUCAGUUUCUAUGAACAGGAGUUUGACAGAUACUUUCCAUUUAUCCAUAUUCCUUCAUUGAACAUCUUGGAAAACUAUGAGCAAAUCCCUUUGUUGCUUUCUAUGGCGGCAGUGGGUGCGCUAUAUUCAUUCCAUGCCAGGAACUCCACCAUGCUUUUUAACUUUGCCCGAUACCUUAUUCAUAAUUACAUGGAAAAACAUAUAAACAGCAAACUGUCACCUUCUAAUCUUUCUCCUGAUGGUAGACCUGGGAUGAUGAAUGCUAACUCAAAUGGCUCAAAUUUUGAAGAUGUUCCUCUCUUUGUCACUCAAUCGCUGUUAUUGCACAUGUACCUCGGAAUAUUUCAUAACGAUUUGGAUGUCUCACAUACAGCGAUCAAGCAGCUGACCUCGUUGGUUGGACUCGUCAAAACUACCCAUCUGGAUACUCCGUUGGAAAACUUUAUUAUGCCUCCCACAGCUCUCUCUAAGGAUAACUUAACAGAUCAAACGCUUCUCAAGAAUAACUAUGAUUAUUUCAUUCUGGCCCAAUCAAGGAUCAGAACAGUUCAUUGUUUAUACUUGUUGAACAUCCUAUUUACAUCGUUGUGUGAUCUUCCCAUAGCUUUACAUCCAAGUGAUAUGAAGUGUGGGUCUCCAUGUGACGGAGAUUUGUGGCGGGUCAAAUCACCGCAAGAAUGGGUUCAAUGCGUCUCACUUGAGAGCUUCAAUAUAAUCCACAUUAGCAAUGGCGAAUCUUCCUUCGCAGAUAUCUGGUAUGAUUUGACUAAUCAUUACUGCGAUAAGGGCGUUUCUUUGAGAACGUUACUUUCGUUAUUGAUGACACUAAAUGGAUUAGUGCAUAUUGAGAGAAAGAAUUUCAAUGACAACGAAUGUGAUAUUAACAAAAGGGCUGCACGUUGGAGACUGAACUCUCGAUUACAAAUUGAGUCACUUAUCAAAACGUGGGAAUCCUUGUGCAUUGUCAAUGGUGGUGUCCUGGUUCCAAGAGGCCAAAGGAGUAUUUUAAACAUAAACAAGCGUCCAGUAUUGAAGCUUAUUCUACCAUUGUUGUCGUUCGUGAAAAUCCGUAAAUGUGUCGAAAUAUCCCCAUUUAUGGAGAAAGUGUGGCAACGAAAUUGGCCUGGAAUGAUUACUGCAAUCAAACAAUUGGAUAAAGACCCAGAAGCUUUGAGGGAAGCAGCCAAUUAUGCAAUGGAUAUCAUCAAGUAUGUUUAUGCCACUGAAAUUUGGGCCAAAAACUAUCUUGUUUCCACAAACAUGAAAUCUCCGUCUCCGUUGUCAACUUCUGACAGAGUAAUUUGGCUUCGUGUGGAAACCUUGAUGAAGAAAGUCGAUUUUAACUUAACUCCCAAAGGAUCAAACCAGACUUCGUACUCAGAGUUUUUAAGGAUUCAAGCCAAUGGUGCUCUAGAUGUUGAAAUUCUGGACGAUGAAAUUGCCCAGCUAACACUUGAACCAGGAGACUUAAAGCCCAUCGCUCAAAUUAUCACAGCUGCCAGACUUUCAUCUAGGUCUUUGAGUUUAGGAGUCCGAAUCCUAGCGGAUGCUCCAGUUUGGCCCAUAGCUAUGGUAUUUGCUGAAGCCUUGAAGGCUCGAGCAACAGAUAUCCACAUACAACACAACACCUAUUCUGCAAAUCCUUCACCAGUCUGA